AUGGAGGAAGAGAUCAAGGACAUGAAUGCGAUCCCGAAUCCAGCGAACUUCACGCUGAACGGAAACAUGCCAAACGCCUCCCAGGGUGUUGGUGAGCUCGGGAAGAGCUUCGAGUUCAUGAUGCUGAAGCUGGCCCAGCUUGAGACGCUGUGCGAGUUGCAGCAGGUUGAGAUCGAGUCAUUGAGGAAGACGGUGAAAGGUCUUGCCGAACAUGUGGACCACCCGGACAGCGUGGCGUCUUUGGUGCAGAAAGACGAGAAAACCAGAAUGCAAGAGACCCAGCAAACCCUGAAGAGGGUGCUCGCCAAGCACGCUCAGCAGCAUAAGAACAAGGACUUCCAUCCGAAGACUUCUCGGCAAAACCACCCGGCCGACGCCAAGCCAGAUUCGCCGAAACGCGCCGGCGAAGCCGGGGCGAGUGACCGAGCCGAGCUGCUGGCAGAAGGAGCCCAGCAUUCGGGGAGCAAAGGCUCGCAGAGGGAGGCGACGAGUCAGGCGGAGGCUAUGCUUCUGCAGCGCGGGAAGACGACGAAAGCUGAUACAGCAUCCUUGGACAGUGCAGUGUCCGCCAAAGGCAUCCCAAUCGUUGACGACGUAAGAGACUUCGCAGAGGACCGCGUUGAGGAUGUCAAAAGCGUCGCUAAGAGCACAGCGGAUGCCUACGCUGCAGCCACUGACAAGGUGGCCUUCGUUGCCAAUACGGUGAUUGACACGGUGGAGAUGGCCGUGGAGAUCCUUCUGAAAGGCUUCACCGAUUGGGGCGCCGACUGCGACAUCACCGGACCCAGCAUUAGGGAUUACGUCGACGUAUGUGAGGUUACCGGCCGCCGAAAGGUAUUCGGUCCGUUUUACAAGGACAUAGUGGAGUGUAAAAAAAAGAGUGUCCUGAUGGCGCUCAACUGGGGUCGGCAGAACUGUCGGAUCCGCCUCAUGGGGCAACAGAUUACGCUGUUCGAUUUCAACUUUGGCUCCCUUGAAAUGACCUGGCCGGCUCCAAUUCAAACAGCUAUCGACAUCGGCACAGGACUGGGCAACUGUGACGGCAACGUCUUCAAGUGCAUGGGCGACAAGAUUGUGAACGACAUCACGUGGCCCGACCCAAUGCAGAAAGUUGUCGAUGGCAAAGUCCUUGACCUUUUGCCUGAUAAACUGAAUAAGAUUGCUGAUGGCAAGAUUCAGGAUCUGCUGCCCUCGCAGAUGAAGAUACUGUACCACAUUGGAUGGGAGCUAAAGGACACCUGCAAGGGAACACCCAACCACAAAUACGUGACGGCGUGCCUUGCCAGAUCACUUACGAAGGUAGGGGGACUGUUGAAAUUCCUGCCCGACCCGGUGCAGAAAGUUGCCAAUGGCAAAGUCCUUGACCUUUUGCCUGAUAAACUGAAGAAGGUUGCUGAUGGCAAGGUCCAAGAUCUACUGCCCUCGCAGAUGAAGAUACUUUAUCACAUCGGAUGGGAGCUAAAGGACACCUGCAAGGGAACACCCAACCACAAAUACGUGACGGCGUGCCUUGCCAGAUCACUUACGAAGGUAGGGGGACUGUUGAAAUUCCUGCCCGACCCGGUGCAGAAGGUCGCGAAUGGAAAAGUUUUUGACCUUUUGCCCGAUCAGCUCAGAAUUCUCUUCCACCUGGGCUGGGAAUUGUGGCACAGCUGCAAGGGAAAUCACAACCACGUUGAGGUGACAAAGUGCCUUGCCAGAUCGCUUGCAAAGUUCAGCCCUCCAUUGGAUUUCCUGCCCGACCCGUUGAAAAAAAUUGCCAGUGGUGACAUCAUGGGUCUCUUACCCGGACAGCUGAAUAAGAUUGCCGAUGGCAACAUCAUGGGUCUCUUACCCGGACAGCUGAAUAAGAUUGCCGAUGGCAACAUCAUGGGUCUCUUGCCGGGACAGCUGAACAAGAUUGCCGACGGCAACAUCAUGGG